AUGGUAUUCACACGCACACGCAAUAGGUGGUCCAAGAAGUUGCAAAGGAUCAGUGAAUCACGAAAUAUUGAAUUUUUCGUGUUAACUUCACUAAUCCAAUUCUUGGUCAUGAUCUUUUUUUAUCUAAGAUUAUGGAAUCGUUUUACCAUCAUCAUACACUCGACUGAUUCUGGUCCUGAUGGAUGUUUAUCUUAUAAUUAUAUCUCUUCAAAUAACUAUCCUUCUUCAUUUGUUCUUGAAUUUCUCUUUCUCGUAUUAUAUCAAGUUUUCCAAUUUAAUUUUGCUUUAAAUGCGAUACAUUUUCUUGAGAUUAGAAGAAUAGUUAACGAAAUAAACGUUUCUUGUGCUAUAACUCCUGAUCCACAAUACUUGGCAUAUGAUUUUCCUUUCAUUUUAACCUCUUUAAUAUUUUCUAUCACAAUGGGUUAUUUCGCUUAUAAAGUUCGUCGCGAUCUUUCCGGAAGAAUUUAUAAAAAGAUCGGACUUGAUAUGACGAUGCAAGCGGUUCCGUAUUGUUAUGUGGGAAUUAUAACAUUUAUAUACGCAUGGAGAACAACUGAUACUUUCAACCAAGGAUUACGUGAAUAUGUUGGCCUACGACUUAACAGAAACCAUGAAUUAAUUAUAAGAAUUGAAGAUGUAGAAGAUUAUCGACCACGUAGAGUUUCCAAUAAAGUUGUUGAUAAUUAUCAAACUGAUGAAAUUAAAAAAGCUGUUGAUGAUGAAAUUAAAAAACCUGAUGACGUUCUUAUUUUUAAAAAAACCGAUGAUACUCCUUUUUAA